AAUGUUACUUUAUUCCAUAUUAUUAGCAAAUUCUUAUCACAUUCUCAAUUCGACGAUAAUCUUAUCACGAACAAAGUUCAUAAAACCCAAAGUGGUCAAUCUAGUUUUGUUGCUAAAUAAUAAUAAUUUGUUAUUACACAAGUUUUGCCAUAGUCGUAUUUUUCUAAUUAAUAAUGCCUUCAUCCGUCCAAAAGAUUAAUCCUGAUAUUCAAAAGGAACGAAACAAUGCUACAUUCAAUACUCAAGAGUUUACUCUUUGGUGGGUUGGUGGCGAGCAAAGAUACAAAGAAAAGAAAGCACUAGAAAAGGACUUCCUGGAAGAUCCAGAGCUCAUGGACAAAAUACCCAUCUCUUAUCUCUCACACAAAGAGCUAUAUGAGGAAGGUGUCCGUAAAGCAACAAUUAUUAGCAACAAAAUUCGUGUUAUGCGUCAAGAAGGCAACGAUGGAAUCGAUACUUACACUGCCCUUCUAGGAGGUUCCCUCGGCUCAGCUUUAAUCAAAGAAGGUAACCCUCUUACUCUUCACUAUGUGAUGUUUGUCCCAACAAUCAUGGGUCAAGGAACCGUGGAUCAACAAGUCGAAUGGCUAUCAAAAGCUUGGGAUUGUGAAAUUAUUGGAACAUAUGCUCAAACCGAAAUGGGUCAUGGAACAUUUUUGCGUGGUCUAGAAACUCGAGCUGAUUAUGAUCCAAAGACACAAGAAUUCAUUCUCAACUCACCGACAAUCACAGCAUACAAAUGGUGGCCAGGAGGAUUGGGUCACACAGCAAAUCAUGCUGUAGUUAUGGCACAACUUUAUACCAAGGGUCAACAUCAUGGCAUUCAACCUUUCAUUGUGCAGUUGCGUGAUGAAAAUACUCAUAUGCCAAUGCCAGGUAUUGAUAUUGGAGAAAUCGGUACAAAACUUGGCAUGAAGAGUGUCAACAAUGGUUAUUUGGGAUUCAAGAAUGUUCGAGUUCCACGGAUGAAUAUGCUCAUGAAGAAUUCCCAAGUUCUACCCGAUGGGACAUUUGUAGCUCCAAAAUCUUCAUUAUUGACUUAUGGAACUAUGAUGUUUGUACGAGUGGCAUUGAUCCGAGAUACUGCCAUGGCCUUAGGUAAAGCUUCUACCAUUGCAACGAGGUAUUCAGCUGUUAGACGUCAGAGUCCAAUUGAUCCCAAUGAACCAGAACCUCAAAUUAUGGAUCAUGUUACUCAGCAGUUAAAGCUAUUUCCACAAAUUGCUAAAGCCAUUGCCUUCAAAUUGACUGGAGAUUAUGUCUGGACAAUGUACAACAAUGUUACUGGUGAAUUGGAGCAAGGCAAUCUCGACAGGUUGCCAGAGAUGCAUGCCAUCUCUUGUUGCCUAAAAGCUAUUUGCAGUGCAGAUGCAGCUGCUGGAGCCGAAACUUGUCGAUUAGCUUGUGGUGGACAUGGUUACAUGGAUGCCUCGAAUUUCCCAACCAUCUACGGAAUGGCCACUGCAGUGUGUACAUAUGAAGGAGAAAAUACAGUUAUGUUGUUGCAAACUGCAAGGUAUCUGGUCAAAGUCUAUGAAACUGCCUUGAAUGGAGGAAAACUGGUGCCGACAGUUCAGUACAUCAAAGAAGCAAUUGAUGCUAAAGUUUUUGCCAACUUUGAUGGCUCGUUGUUGUCGAUUGUGAAGGCAUUCCAAUUUGUUGCUGCAAACAAAGUGCGAAUUGCGUAUGAUCGUUUAGAAAGGUCUAAAUCACAAGGACAUGGACCAGAAAAAGCUGCCAAUUUAACUGGAAUCGAAUUAACUCAAGCUGCCGAUCUUCAUGGACGUGCCUUUUUAGCCCUUUCGGCUUAUACAGAGAUUAAAAACAUAUGCAAGAAUGUUUCAAUGGCUCUGUCUAAAGUAUUGCUGGAUAUUUUGGAAUUAUAUCUUCUCGAUUCUUGUCUCAAUCGAAUUGGAGAUUUUCUUAUGUUUAUAGAUUUAAGUGAGAAAGAAGUUGGAGAUUUGGAAAUCCGACGAGAAGCCUGCUUAGCUCGUAUUCGUCCCAAUGCGGUUGCCAUAGUUGAUGGCUUUGAUUUCCAUGACCGAAUGUUAGAUUCAACACUUGGCUGCUACGAUGGCAAUGUUUAUGAAAAAAUGUUCGAAGUUGCAAAGAUGAGUCCACUGAAUCGUGAACCAGUGAAUAAGUCAUUUGAUGCUUAUUUAAAGCCAUUUAUGAAGGCAAAUUUGUAAAGUCAACAAUUUUAAAUUGUAUUUGUUUGUAUUUUAAGCCUUUUUGUAAGAUAAAACGAUAUAGUUUGUAAGAAGAAAGAAAUUAGGGUAAAAUAAUAUUUGUUUGGGUUAUGUGCAUUCGUUUUUUUGUGAUAUAAUCACAAGCGUUUUCGUUUGGGUCUUUUGAAUGUAAUAUUAAGAACAGAGAUUGUUAUUUUUGAGAUUUUUAUUUCAGUCGCACUUCAUGAUUGCUCAUAUAUAUUUAAAUUAACCAGUGUUGGAGGUGAAUUUAUUGUCAUUUGUUAGUUUUGCAUUACAAAUUGGAAAGUUUUGGAGAAUUACUAUCAAAAUUAUCAAACGAAAACGCUAUUGUUUUGGGAAAUGAAAUUCAAUUUUAUGUACCUUCUUUAUUAUUUUUUGUAAUAUUUUGUACUAAAAUUGAAAUAAAAUUUUAACAAUGUUCUCUUUUUUAAA